AUGAUAUUUGCAACUUUAGAACAUAUAUUAACUCACAUAUCUUUUUCGAUCAUUUCAAUUGUGAUUCCUACUCAUCUGAUGACCUUGGUCUAUGAAAUUGUAGGACUAUGUGAUUCGUCAGAAAAAGGCAUGAUAGCUACUUUUUUCUGUAUAACAGGAUUAUUAGUUACUCGUUGGAUUUAUUCGGGACAUGUACCAUUAAGUGAUCUAUAUGAAUCAUUAAUGUUCCUUUCAUGGAGUUUCUCCCUUAUUCAUAUAGUUCCAUAUUUUAGAAACUAUAAGAAUUUUUUCAGUAAAAUAACCGCCCCAAGCGCUAUUUUAACCCAAGGCUUUGCCACUUCGGGUCUUUUAACUAAAAUGCAUCAAUCCGCAAUAUUAGUGCCUGCUCUCCAAUCCCGUUGGUUAAUGAUGCACGUAAGUAUGAUGUUGUUGAGCUAUGCAGCUCUUUUAUGUGGAUCAUUAUUAUCCAUAACUCUCCUGGUCAUUACGUUUAGAAGAAAGAUAGAUAUUUUCGGUAAAACCAAUCAUUUAUUAAUUAGUUCAUUUUCUUUUGAUGAGACCCAAUACGUGAAUUUUUCGUUUAGAAAUUAUCACAGGUAUCAAUUGACUCAGCGAUUGGAUUCUUGGAGUUAUCGUGUCAUUGGCUUGGGUUUUACCCUUUUAACUAUAGGUAUUCUUUCAGGAGCAGUAUGGGCUAAUGAGGCAUGGGGAUCUUAUUGGAAUUGGGACCCCAAAGAAACCUGGGCAUUUAUUACUUGGACCGUAUUCGCGAUUUAUUUACAUACUAGAACAAAUAAAAGUUUGCAAGGUGCAAAUUCAGCAAUUGUGGCUUCUAUGGGAUUUCUUAUAAUUUGGAUCUGCUAUUUUGGGGUCAAUCUAUUAGGAAGAGGGCUACAUAGUUAUGGUUCAUUCACAUUAAACAUCUAA